AUGGCUACAUUCAGGACUUUUGAUGGCUUGCCAGAGGACGGAGAAGAGGACUGGCCUAUUGCUGGACCGCUCAUUCCUUCUUUAGGUGGUUCGAUGGAUUUGCCCGCUAUCGUCUAUGGGGCAGGCACAUUUUCAAAUCAAUAUAAUCCAGACGAUCAUCUUUCUGGUGCUUUGCCCUUGCGUUCUGUCAGACUUGCGCUUCGAUAUGGCAUAAGGGCUUUUGACACCUCGGCAUAUUAUGGCCCUUCGGAAAUCGUUUUGGGUGAUGCACUGCACGCCCUCCGAGAAGAAUUUCCUAGAUCAUCUUAUAAAUUGAUGACCAAAUGUGGUCGUUACGGUGUCCAGACUUUCGACUAUUCACCUGCUACGAUCCGCAAAAGUGUUUUACGCAGUUUAGAAAGACUGAAAACGGAUUAUCUCGACACGGUUUACUUGCACGAUGUCGAAUUUGUCUGCACCCCUAUUGCGCCUCGCAUUACGGGCAACCACACCGUCGCAUUGCGAGAAGAGGCUGCGGCGUAUGGGUUAGCCAAAGGAGACGAGGCUAAGGUACAAGGAGAAGGAGACCAAAAAAUUCUGGAUGCGUUCCAUGAGCUACAAUUAAUGAAGAAGGAAGGGUUGAUCAAGAACAUAGGCAUGACGGGCUUUCCUCUCCCAACACUGCUGAGACUGUCAAUUUUGAUCCUACACACGGCGCCAUUUGAACCUUUGGACGUGUUGCUAUCAUACUCGCAUUUGUGCUUACAAAAUGCGAGCUUUUUAGAGUUCAUUCCACACUUCUACGAACGCGCGAAGGUUGGACAGCUUCUAGCAGCAUCGCCUUUGAGCAUGGGUCUUCUUACACCUUCACCGCCUUCGUGGCAUCCUGCCCCUCCAAAAUUACGGGAAGCCGUGAUUAACUCUGGAAAAACAUGGCAGGGAGACUAUGUCAACUUGGCGGUUGGCUUCUCUAUUCGCCAAACUGGAUCUGCAGAAAAACCGUUACCGUUGGUAAUCGGAUUUAGUUCUCCUCGUGAGGUUCACGAAGCCGUGAAGGUAUGGAGAGAAAUUCAAGAUGGAGCCGAAGAAAGAAUACAAGGAGAAAAUAGAGCACGCAAUGUGUAUAAUGAAUUGGGAUAUUUGGAUUGGUCGUGGGCCUCUCCGUAA